AUGAGCAGCAGCUCCAGCCUGGCCACUCCCGCGCAUCAGGCCAUGGUCAGUGGCUCUAAUUUCGGCACAGGUGGAGCAGUUCCGAAUGGCAACACUACUUUCACGACCAGCGGUAAUAUCAACAACAUGCUUCCGGGAGCUGCAGGCGCACCAGGUGGAGGUGCAAAUACAACUUCUGCGCCUCUAGCAGGAAAUCAAAAUCUCCCCGGGCAGAUCAUGCUCGGUCAACAAGCGACGGCGAGCUCCUCUUCAUCCCUUCCCACGGCAAACACCACGAUGGGGGAUGUGAUCAACCAGAUCCACCGGCUCCACGCCCCCUCCGGGCCCACCGGCGCGCAGGAGGCCACGCAGUGGCUGAUGGCCUGGCAGCAGGGGUGCAGUUGGGAGGCGCUGUUGCAGCUCCUGCAGAGCUCCGGCGCCACCGACCCGCUCACCUUCUUUUUCGCAGCGAACCUCCUCGCGCAGAAGGCCCAGACCGGGAAAUCGGCCACCAUGCAAAUCGCGGAUCGGAUUUUGGAAUUCAUCGUGGAAUUGAGCAAUUUGAUGAUAAACGCGCAGAACGGCAACCAGCCAAUCCCCAACGCGAAAAAAAUCACGGUCGUGAAACGACAAUUGUGCGUCGCCUACGCCGACCUGGCGCUGUACGGGCACGCCUCGUUGGAGAAAGCGGUGCAGGCACUGCAGGUGAACCACUACCAAACCAUGCUGGAGAUGUUGAAGAUAUUUCCCGAGGAAGUAAAGAGUCCAAAGGUACACGAUCAGCGAGUUUUCAUGUAUUUCUGUUUGUUUAGGAGUUGUGGUGUAAAAUGAACCGCAUAAUUUGGGUUUGGCCUGUUUGGAAUUAUCGAUGCGCUCGAGGCAACAUCGCAUGUUUCCGUGUGAAGUAGAGUGCGAAGUAUGCGACAGCACACCCGUUUCUGCAAACCCAGGUGACCGUCGACGCAGAGAAGCGCAUGCAGCUCGUAAACAAGCUGCUGCUCACACAGGAACAGGUUUUUGACGCGCUGGCCGGCGCGGAAACAGAUACACACCUGAAGCUACAGGCAGCCGCCGAGUGGCUUUCCCUGCCCACACCCCAGGUGAUCGCGAGCAAGGAAAGCGGGGCUAAAUUUACCGCAGAGAUUAUCAGGAGAAGGGUAUAAUGAAAGAAUACUUUAAAAUGAGCCAGCAUUAUACUACAUUUUUGAAGAUGGAGAUGCAAUCUGUAUCUACUGCUCUUACCGGAUCCACUUUAUGUCGAUGGAUUCGUGACACGAAAACAAGAACAAACCAAAAAACCCCAGUGUUGGGAGCAUCCCUUGCUCCAAAAAGCCGCCCAGUGCCUGGCGUUAGAGGACAUGGAGAUCGCCGAUGCCGCUUGUUCCUGUUUGAUUGCGCUCAUAGGCCUCACCAACGAGUACUCGGAACUCACCUCACCGGCGCUUGACUUAGUCGCCCGGUCCACCAUAAACCUCGCAAAUCUGCUCAGCCCACCCAUCGAUCCGGCCUCCUGGCUGCCGUCCGGCCCCACGUCGCCCGACGCGGAACUGCCGAUAGUUCGGAUGAACCUUAUUUCCCGUAUCCUCGCCGAGAUGGGCCCGCACUACUGCCGCGCACUGCUCCACAAGGCCAACUGGUGCGACCAAUUCGCCGAGGUGGCACUGCACUGGCUGCAGAUACGCCAGGUCGACUUGGCGCGCGGCGGGCUGGAAUUUUGGUACGGCGCCAUCGUCAGUCACCACAGCGAUCCGGUCAACGCCUGCGAAAAGGAGCAGCUGCACCCCUGGCUGGAAAAGUUUACCUACGCCUGCUUGAAAUGCACCAGGUACCCAGCAAAUCCGGAUGCGCACAUAGGUAUAGUGUCUAAUUUAUUAGGUUUGAUCUGCAAACAAGAGAUCAUGUUCAGUUGCGGUCCCCGCAGCUGUGUCAAAGGCAACUUCCGUCCUUUUGUGUUGUUUCCUUUCGCGAGGCCCGGGAAGAUAAUUGAAAAUCACUCUCCACAGGUUUCGAAACGGACCAUUUUGUGCGGUUUCGGGAGCAGUGCAACCAGUGUUUAACCGAGGCGGUGGCCCAGGUUCUGCCGGUCAGCUGGGUAAUACACGUCGUGGGGGACGAAAUCAACAAGCUACACGAGUGGAACGACUUGGACGCCGCAAUUUUCAUCCUGACCGGCGUCGCACCACGUAAAAGUUUUUUUUUGUCAUGCGGAACACCUUUGCGUAUAAGAGCUUUUGUCAUGCCAAACACAUAUUAGACGAGUACAACAAACCCAAAUUCAACAAUUCCAGGCGCCCGUGCCGGCCAGGACAACGUGAUCCCGCGCUUGAUCGAGAGGAUACCAAAUUUUCCCUACCCCGAAACCGGCCUCCCCGCGCUGCUCCUCCGGAUUAGCGCGGGACGGUUGAUCCUCUACACCGCGGGGUAUUUAGCGUUUAAGGAGGAGGCGCUGGUCCCGACGCUGAUGUUUUUGUUGCAGCAACUCCUGCCCAGUCUGCCCAAAAUUGAGUGCCAGGACAAAGACCUGAAGCAGUACGCGCAGGCGAUUUGCACCGACGCGCUGCGCAGCACCACGCAGGCGGCCAAGGACAAGCUGAUCGAGAUUGACAACGGGCAGUUUUGGCCGAAAGUGAUCAACUCCAUCGUGGAGCUCGUGUUAAACGGCAAUUUUCACCCUGACGUCCGGCCCCAGCUGGUCUUUCCAGUAGGGCACAUCAUCGGAGCCAUGCGCGACUACCAAACGCUGGAAUCGACGUUGGCGCAGUUCGUGCAGCGGCUCGAACCGCCCCAGUCCGUGUUGAAUUACCCGGACAAUCGGGAGGGGAAAGGACCCCCGGAAUUGAAGCUGUAUCUCGCAGCUUUAUCCUGUUGCUACGACAUAAAGGUACAGCUAAGGAUUUUCUUUGAAAUGUCGUGCACUGGAUGAAAAAAGAGCCUGCUUUGAAAAUUUCAUCAUCGCUUUACACAAUGCAGAUACAGAUAGUUGAUUUGUGGCGUUGCGAUGUCCUCCCCUUGCUCCUCUUUUUGCACUAUUCGAGCCUCAUCUUCAAAAAACAAAAGUAUGAAUUCACAACACACAUCAUGAAAAAUAAACAGAUAGCAGAGAACUCGGACGCAAAGCACCCGGUUUUGAGCUUCUGGGAGAAUCAGUGGCCGCAGAUAGAAAGGAUGACCGAAUACGCCGUGACGAAAAAUUGGGAGGAUUAUGUGGAGCAGUUCUGCCUCUCCCUGAACUUCAUUUUCCAGAGCGCGCAGGCCCAUGCGAUCAUGUCACCACUGUUGGGGAAAGCCCUGAAUCUGCUCGGGAAGGCGGCAGAGGUGAAGCCAACGACACACUUAUGGGAAGAAAAAAAAUUAUUCUGCGAUGAAUCGGGAAGAUUGAGACAAUAAAUUGAUGUCUUUUCUUGUCCAUGAUGAUCGCAUUUAUGACGUGCGUCGUCCGCUUGUAGUUAUUGCAUGGCCAAGUGUGAUAAUUGUUGUUGAUACGGUGGGGUGUAAUACAGGUCGUAGAAGAAGAGGCGUAUCUUGUGUCGAGAGUGAGCUGGCGCUCCUUUUAUAUGGAGGGAUGUGGAAGAAAAAAAACGCUGUUUGCCUCUGUUUUGUUCUCGCUUUCCAAAACAAACUUCGCAGAAUUUAAAUUUUCAUUUGGAUAAGCCUACUACACCCUCGUCAGAACCGUCAUGGGCCUGUUCGCGCCGCAUGGUAUUGCUUGCCUUUGUCAUGAUUUUCAACAAAAAGCAUUUGUUUCAUAAAAAGUUUUUGCCAUGGUAUCUAUCGGGGACACUCACACUACCACUAGAACGCUUUGUUGCAGAACUCCGUGCAUGAAAUUCAACAUGCAUAAGAUACACAACUGAUACCCACUACAGGUAUAAAAGAAGUGGACGAUCAGCUGGUAGGUUUCCUGGGCGUUUUCGCCACGCCUGUUGCCCGGCUGUGCAAAGAGCACCAGUGCCAGCCCGACAUUGCGGCUGCGUGCUUCGAGAUGCUCGGGGACGCCCUGCGGUGGUCCAAUUUGGCGAACGGCUCGCUGCAAUCCCCCUGGCUCGCGGACGUCUUCGACUCAGCACUGCAGUUUUUGAAGUCUCCCGCCGAGAUAGCAACGCACGAACAGGCUCUGACCGCGGUGUUGAGGUAUAGUACGAUAAAGAUCUUCGAUGUGGUUGAGGUUGACCACGAUGAACACGAGCUGCUCAAUGGCAAUUCAUUGUCGUUGCUACUGUAACAUCUGCAUGCGCUUGAUUUGCCGUGUUUUUUCCAGCUGUAGUCCAACGUCACCAGUACAACGACACGAUUUGAGCUUGCACUUACUUUCCAAAACCCACACCAGGUUUUUCUGUUCCUUCCUCCGUUGGGCGUCUGAGGGUCCCGACGUGGUGAAGUUCGCGAAACCGCUUUGGGAGCGGGAGGGCCGCGUGCAGGAGCUGGUGUCCGCCCUGCUGAAUCUGAUGGCAAUGUGCGCGUCGAACCCGAAAGCCACCACGGUCGGUGGGGUCGCGGAGGUGAUCCGCCCCAUGUUGCAGGGUCCCAUGGAGUUCGACGCCAAAACGUGUUUGCGCGAGGGGUUGCAGAACCUGGCGCCGCCGCUGAAAAAGUCGCCGAUGGAGGCACACAAACUCGUCGAAACCAUGGCCAUCGCGAAGGUCGACCAGCGGCGCUUCCACAAAAUACUCUACGACCUGGCGGAGAACUUUCACGCACUCUUGAAGCGCAGUCAGACGUAA